AUGGAGCAAGACGCAGAUGAGCAUAGGUUUUUGAAACGGACAAGGCAGGCGUGUGUCAACUGCAGGCGCAAAAAAGUACGAUGUUCUGGGGACCGUCCAACAUGUACAUACUGUUCACGACUGCGUCAGAAAUGUUCCUACAAUGAUACAUCGAAAACAGAGGUGCUUGAUCCGGCGCCUUGUUCCGUAUCGAACCCAACAACGAAUUACAAGGAUGAGGGCCUAUCCAUGUCUUCUAUUGAGAGCCGGCUGUCCUCGCUCGAAGCAAGUGUCCAGAGUCUCAUACACUUGCUGACCAGCGAGCGUGGUCUAGCUGACCCCAAACCAGUUGACGGAUUUGAUUUCGUUCUGCCACACCAAACGAGGCCCCCAGGAGAUCCAAAGGUGUCAUCUGUAACAUCUGCCGGUGCCCUUAUUUCUGCAGCCGAUCUUUACUUCCAGUAUUGUCACAACCAACCAUACUCAUUGUUCCACGAAGAAACCUUUCGACAGCGGCUAGCAUCUCAAGAACUUCCAGUAUAUUUGCGCCUCGCAUUUUUGGCUACGGCCAGCCGAUUCUCCCAUCUGGGACAUGUCCAUCGUACGACCGGGGUACUGUCAAUGUACGCCGACCAAGCCUGGGUUCUGGUCGUCAAGCAUUCGGCAGUCGCUACAGACCCAGCCGACGCCUUGUAUAUCGCGCAGACGAUUCACCUCCUUUGCGUCAUCGACUACUCAGACGGGAAAUGCACGGCCGCCUGGAUCAAGCUUGGGCUUGCUAUUCGAAUAGCGCAGCGCUACCACUUCAAUGAUGAACCAGAUUCGCGUCUGGAGCCUUGGGAGAAAGAAGUGUACCGAAGGACAUUCUGGUCCAUCUACCUGCUUGACAGGCUCAUCUCGUGCGGCAGAGAAAGACCUCCUGCCAUUCGCGAUAGGGAUUGCAGGCUACGCCUCCCAUGCAACGAGAGGGCAUUCCGACAAUGCUCCCAGACACAAUCUCCAACAUUAAACCAACUCAUUGGAGAUGCCCCAGAGGUAACGACGCUGCCAGCCCAAAGUCACUUUUGUCUGAUCAUCUUGAUGGCUGCUACACUUAAUCGUGUAGUACACUAUAUUCUACGUGAGGACACACAAUUUGGUGAUGCCGUUCCAUGGUCGGCGGCAUCUCGAUACUCAGCCCUCGAAUCAACUUUGUGUCGGCUGGAGCUCAACUUUGGAAUGCAAGUCCCAUUGAGCAAUAUCUUGAACCGGACACUUGAUGUGGAAGGGGUGGUAGACAUGCGAACCGCAGGCCCUCUGAUAUAUAGUCGAGCCAUCUAUCACCUUGCAGGCUGUCUGCUACACCAUCCUUUUCUUCUUCAGCAUCGACUAGGGGAUAUGGCUAGCAGAGCGCCUGCUUAUUUCUUGGGCAAAGCUUGGGCAUCGGGCAGAAAGCAUGCGAUUGCGCUUUCUAUGCUGCAACAGACGCAAAGCCUUGGCUACAUCACAGUCUCUUGCUUUAGAGGCUACUGUGCCAUGGUAGCCGGGUCAAUUCACAUACUGUUCUCGUCUGAUAGUAACGAAGAGGUGCGCACAGCAUCGAUCCAGCAUUACGAGGAGUGUCGAAACUUCUUGGGGGAGUUGUCCCAUUACUGGGAAAGUUCAACACGAAUGGUGUGUCCAUUCCUUCGCAAACCCUUGCAUCCGGUCUAA